AUGCAGGGGGCUUCGUCUCUAUCCGUCGCUUCGUGCAUGCCUGGAGCGUGCAUGCGGAGGCCGAUGAGAGCAAGGGCACAAUCAGUGCUCCACCUCCGACAGCGUGGACUAAGGCCGAUGGGAGAUGGUGGGUUCUCUUUAGGAUUCACGGACAUUCACGGUUCAUGA